AUGUCCUCCCCCGCCUCGCGCCUCGCCGCGCUCGCCAGCCAUCUUUGGGCCCCUUCGUCGUCCUCGUCCACCAGCUCCACCAGCACCACCUCCUCCUCGUCGAAAACAGAACAGCCCCCCCCUCAGAAGCGCACCAACCGCCACGAGCUCUCACCGACAUACCUGCUGCCACGAGCCGCAAGCAUCGAGCCAGACGCGGAGGCAAUCGUGCACACGACUGCCACGGGCAAGGUUCUGCGGCGGACGUACCGCGAGUUUGCGGACCGCGCACGGGGGCUGGGGUAUUUUGUGCGGGGGCGGGGGUAUAAGCGGGUGGGGAUUCUCUGCCCGAACACGCCGGCGCACCUGGAGAGUAUUUUCGGGAUUGCGGCUGGGGGCGCGUUACAGGUUGCGGUGAAUUAUAGGCUCAAGCCCGAGGAUAUACGGUACAUCUUCGCGCAUGCGGAGGUUGAGGCGAUCAUUGUCGACCGCGAGUUUGUACACCUGCUUGAUGGGUUCGAUGAGGGUGUGCGCAGGAUUAUCGAUGAUGAUGUGGACGCCACGGAGGGAGAGCUGAGUGGUGGGGAGUUUGACGAUGUUAUUGCGGAGGGGCUGAGGCUGGAUGUCGAGGGGGGCGCGAAGGGCUGGGAGGGGCUGCAGAUGGAAGCGCAACACGAGGACGAUAUUAUGGCGCUGGCGUAUACCAGUGGGACCACGGCGAAACCGAAGGGAGUCGAAUACACGCACCGGGGGAUCUACCUAGCGGCGCUGGCGAACGUGAUCGAGUCCUCGCUGUCACCGCGCGACGUAAUGGCGACCUCGCGGGCGAAGUACCUCACGAUCCUGCCACUAUUCCACGCGGUGGGGUGGACCUUCCCCUGGGCGGUGGUAUCCGCGCGAGCCACACACUACUGCCUGCGCAAGAUCGACUACGGCGAGAUGUGGCGCCUGCUGAAGGACGAGGGCGUAACACACUUCAACGCCGCUCCAACAGUGAACACCCUGUUGUGCGCACACUCUUCCGCAGUGAAGCUCGCGGCCCCCGUCCGCGUCACCGUCGCCGCCUCCCCGCCCACAGCAAAGCUGUUCGCGGACAUGAUCGCGCUGAACCUGAUCCCGGUGCACGUAUACGGUCUCACAGAGACGUACGGGCCGAUCACGCGCGGGUACUUCCUCCCGUCAUGGCACGCCCUCCCCGCCGGCGAGAAGUACACGCUCAUGGCGCGGCAAGGGCACGGCUUCGCGACGUCCCGACUGUGCCGUGUGAUCAAGCCUGGUAUCUCGCCGCCCGUCGACGUCGCGCGCAACGGGCUCGAAGUCGGCGAGAUCGUGUUCUCAGGUAACAUCUGCGCACGCGGCUACCACAAGGACGCGGCGGCGACCACGAAGCUCUUCGCGGACGGCGUGCUGCACACCGAAGAUCUGGCGGUGUGGCACGCCGACGGCGCGGUGCAGAUCAUGGACCGCGCUAAGGACAUCAUCAUCUCUGGUGGUGAGAAUGUUUCCUCUGUUGCAUUGGAGGGAUUGUUGGUGCGACAUCCAGAUGUCCUGGAAGUGGGUGUCGUCGCUGUCCCCGACUCCCAUUUUGGGGAACGCCCGAAGGCGUUUGUUACCCUGGCCCCCGGGGCAACGACCAAAGGGGAGGAGAUUGUACUCUGGGCGAAGAAGAGCCCUGGCAUUGCGGGGUUCAUGGUGCCGCGCGAGGUCGAGGUCGUAAAGGAGCUGCCGAAAACUAGUACGGGGAAGAUUCAGAAGAAUGUGCUCAGGGCGUGGGUUAAGGGUGGAGAGAGGGCGUUUUGA